UGUAAAAGAAUAGUAUAAACGGGAUAGUAUUCGUUCAGUGUUAUAUAAUUAAGUAUACAAUUUAUAUUUUGUAAAUAAAUAAAAUUUAUAUUCUUAAAAAUGAGUAUAGAUAAAGAAGAAAAAAAUAAUUUAGAAACGAAUGAAUUUAUUAAAUCUAAAGAAAAAAAAAAGCGACAUAUAAAUGAAAGUCAUAAUAUGGAAGUUGAAGUAAUUAAUGGUAUAGAAGGAAAAACAAAUUCGUAUAUAACCUCAAAAAAAGCUAAAACUGUACAAGGCAAUGAACAAAGGAAGAUAUCUGUACCUGCUCAUAGAUAUACUCCUUUAAAAGAAAAUUGGAUGAAAAUAUUUACACCCAUUGUUGAACAUUUGCAAUUACAAAUUAGAUUUAAUUUGAAAACUCGAAAUAUAGAAUUACGAACAGCUCCAGAAACUCCUGACAUUGCUAAUCUACAGAAAGGAGCAGAUUUUAUAAAAGCAUUUAUUUAUGGUUUUGAAGUAGAAGAUGCCUUAGCUUUGUUACGUUUAGAUGAUUUAUUUGUAGAAUCAUUUGAAAUUCAAGAUGUAAAACCUCUAAAGGGUGACCAUCUUUCUAGAGCAAUUGGAAGAUUGGCUGGAAAAAGUGGAAGAACAAAAUUUACAAUAGAAAAUGUAACAAAGACUAGAAUUGUACUGGCUGAUAGUAAAAUCCAUAUACUCGGUUCUUUUCAAAACAUACAAUUAGCAAGAAGAGCUAUAUGUAAUUUAAUUUUGGGUAGUCCUCCUUCAAAAGUUUAUGGACAAUUAAGGAAUGUAGCAAGUAAAAUUUCAGAACGAUUAUGAAAUAAACACAAGUUAAAUUGA